AGUGUACGUGCGUGUUGUUUACUUGCCGACUCAGCACAUCUGGCCUCGCCGACUACAGGACACGCACAGCUCGGCUCUCGUCUUCUGAGAAUUCCUCGCUGUCGUUACAGAGAAAGAGAGAGAGGUCCGAAAGAGGAUAUGAAUUUCAGAAACGAUCCCUUUUUCGAGGAAGUUGCCCCACCGCCCGUGUCGCUUUUCCCGGACAUGGGCCUGGGAGGGAGCAGCGCCACAAGGAGGCAACACCACCACCACCAUGACCGCUCCCUGGCACUAUCCCCGUUUGGAGGAAUGGGAAUGGGACCGAUGAUGCCGUUUGGUCCCAGUCCGUUCUCAAUGAUGAGUGGAAUGAUGCAGAACAUGGACAACAUGAUGAGGAACAUGCAAAGUCAGGCUGCAGCAGGUGGUCACUCUUACUCCUCCUCCACCACUGUCAUGCACUACUCGUCAGACGGCCGAGGAGGCCAGCCUCACACGUAUCAGGCCACCAGCUCAACUCGACAGGGACCUGGAGGGGUGAAGGAAACAAAGAAGGCAGUGAAGGACUCUCAGAGUGGAGUUCAGAAAAUGGCUGUUGGUCAUCACAUUGGUGAUAGAGCACAUGUGAUUGAGAGGCAAGUGAACGCCAAGACAGGAGAGAAAGCUCAGAACCAAGAGUUUAUCAACCUGGACGAGUCUGAAGCAGAUGAGUUUGGGGUGGAGUGGAAGGGAAAGACGCACACUCUGAAUCACUCUUCGUCUCUGCUACACCCGAGUCUUGGCCACUCCCACCGUAAUCACCUCGCUGAGAGCAGGGGCUUACCCUCCACUUCCAGACCAAGAAGUCCAGUUGAAGGGGAGGGAGAAGCGAGGGGACGGAGAAGAAGUAGACCAGUGUCACUGAGUGCAGAAGAUGAGGAGACUGGGUUGUGUCAUUCCACCACUACUAGUACCAAAAAGUCACCAAAGAUGAGUCGAACAAAGUCCCCUCCUCAUGGACACAAGCCCAAGCCGGCUCACCAAAACCCCCAUUCCCAUUCCAGCCAACUCCAGACCGACCUGCCCCCAUUCCGUUCCGAAGCUCCACCUACCAGCAGCACUGAGACAUCACGUGGACGCAAGAAGAAAGGCGGGAAAAGGACAACCUUUGCUGCUGAUGUGUAACUAGCUAAAUUACUUGCAGAGAGAACUGCUGUUGUAUUGCACUGCACUCAUGAGUGUGCUGAUCCUAUUGUGUUGCAUUUGCAAUUAAUUUGGCAAGCAAAGCAAGUCUACCUAUUCUAAAAUUGUGCACACUUCUAUUAUAUACAGCAUUAUGCAUCCAACAUUUUCAUCCCUUACCAUUAAUACAGCAUAAUUAUGUGUAACUCAAUUGUUGUGCAAUGUGCACCUACUGUUGUGCUUAUCAACAAUGUCAUUAACCCUCGGCGUGCCAGGGUUUGCACUUCAGUAGUGCUUUUCAU